AUGACUUUGUCCCCAGAUCGGCAGCAGCGUGUGCAGAGCAUCCUACAGCAGCUGGGUCGUUUUCCCCCACCGCCACUUGACAGUAUAAAUGCCGUGCCCAUCGAUGCCAUGCCACCAUCACCAGCAGCAGCGCCAAUGCCAAUAGCAGCAGCGCUGCACCACGAAAAUGGUAUGGGGACGGUGAUCGCCGCCCCGCUUCCGCCGCUCCCGUGCGACGGGCACGACUGCGACGAGUUUGAGCGGAAACUCUACCUUGACGACGAGCGGAGUGUGGGCGGUGGCAGCCACAACAACAGCAGCAACACCAGCAACGCAAUGGGAUACAGUGAGAGGAUCAAACCAACCGCCUAUAUGCGAGCCCCGCGCUCUGACAAGCAGAGCCGCACGAAUUUGUUUAUCAGCAACAUCCCACACAAGAUGGAGCACAGCGACCUCGUGCGCAUGUUCUCCCCCUACGGGGAGAUUGUCUCCGCGGCUGUGAUGCGCAACAUCCACACUGGCAACAGCCUCGGAACCGCCUUUGUGCGCUACGCCACGCCAGAGCAGGCGGAGAAGGCCAUCAACGGAAUGGGGGGGCAGAAGCUAAACGGGCGCACAGUAAUCGUCCAGUGGGCGAAGAAGCAGCACGACGACGCUCCUGUUGGUGAAGCCCGUAAAAAGAUCUGCAAGCUUUUUGUGCGGAAUAUACCACUCGAUAUUGGUGUGAGUGAUCUCAUCCUGUUAUUCAGCCAGUACGGCCCUGUGAAGAACGUCUCUAUCCACAAGGACACGGCACCAGAUAUUGAGCGGAACUUGGAGCGUCAUAUCGCCUUCAUCACCUACCUCGCAGACGGCGCUGCAGAGAAGGCGGCGGACGCAAUUCACAACACGCGGCCCUUCCCGAGUUGUGGCAAAAUUCCACUGAUGGUAAAGCUAGCAGAGGACACGCCGCAGUACGCGCAUCAUAACAACGCUAACAGCAGCUUGAAUAGCACUAUGAAAAGCGGCAGGUCGUUGCCGCCAUUCCAGGAGACUUCCUCACCGGAGCCGGUGCGCGUUUCUUCGAAUACUGUGGUGAGGGGUGUGCUCCCCAUCGGCAGCGAGAGAGCAACUGCUCCCCCUGCUGCUGUGCCCACCUUCUACCCUACAGUGAUGCCUACUACUGGCUUUAUUCCACCGCCUGCUUACCCCAGUGUGGGAAUGGGGAACGACCAGGGGUACCCAGUGAGCGCGCAGCUAGUUUGGCCGCAACCAGCCGGUAUUCCGGUGGCUGUUCAGGGCGGUUACUCCGCUUCCACUCCUGUGACCGAUAAUGCUGCGCUGGGCAACACCAUCAUCGCUCCGAUUUACCAGCCACAGUUCCAAACGGUGGGUGUUACUGGCCUCGCUGCUCUCCCGAUAUACACGACACAGUUCUAUCCUGUCUUAUCGGGCUUCCCCGAGCAGCAGAGCGAUGCGGCGGUGAGAGCUGCUGCUGGCGCUGAAGUUGUCACCCUUAUGCCACCUGCCCCGAAGGGCCAUACGGCUUUACUGCCUGAGUAUGCUGCGUUGGUAACGGCACCAGCACCGCAGCCACGGCCCGUGGCAGAAGCUGUACCAUACACACGGGAGAAAAAGAUGCCAAUGCCACUCCUGGGUGACGAUCCAAUCGGCGUUAAAGGGUGUCGCUCUGCACUGCCCGCAUUGCUAGAUGACGAGGAACUGUCGCUGAUGCGUGCCAUGGCACGGCUGUCAGUGGCGGUUCCUGUGAUGGAUGAGCGUCGCCAUGUGGUGUAG